CAACAUCGAGCUUGGCCGUCAAUUCCUCAAAAUGCGAUUCACAGCUCUGCUUAUCGGUCUUCUGGCAUACCUGGUGUCCUCCGUCACCGCAACAGCCCUCACCUACCGACUUGAGGCGAACGAGAAAGCUUGCUUCUACAAGUUCGUCGAGCAACGGAACACCAAAGUCGCAUUUUACUUUGCUGUUCAAUCAGGUGGCUCCUUCGAUGUCGACUAUGCUGUUGUCGGACCCGGCGAGAAGCCUGUCCUAGACGGCACCAAAGAACGCCAGGGCGACUUUGUCUUUACGGCCCAGAGUGUCGGCGAGUACCGGUUCUGUUUCAACAACGAGAUGUCCACAUUUGCCGAAAAGAUGGUCGAUUUUGAGAUUGCGCUUGAAAACGAAUCCCGCACCGAGCUCCCAUCCCGUCAGGGCGCGAACCCUGAACAAGCCUCCGCGAUCGAAGAGUCGAUUUUCAAGCUUUCCGCGCAACUGUCCACCAUCUCCCGUAACCAGAAGUACUUCCGAACACGCGAGAACCGCAACUUCAGUACCGUGCGGUCGACGGAACGCCGAAUCUGGAACUUCAGCAUCAUUGAAAGCCUCAUGAUGGUUUCCAUGGCCGGACUGCAGGUUUUCAUUGUUAGGUUCUUCUUCCAAGGGGCCAGGAAGGGUUACGUGUGA